AGCCACCAUAUUCCAGUAUUAGUGUUGGUAGACCGCGUCAUGUCUCUCGCUCCCGCACCACGCUCAUGUCCCUGACAACCGCGCUCACCUCGCGUACUUUUCUCUAUUUGAAAAUCAAAACUUUGUCAAGUGGUUAAAACUUGCUGUCGGCUAUUAGUGAAAAUCAUUUUCUUAAUUUUCUGUGAUCAUAGCGAAAAAACUUUUUAUUCACAAAGUGAACCGAUUUAUAAUUUCUCUAGGGAAAUUGUGUCUUAUUGAUAUACUUGUACGGCGACAUUUGUGAUUUACUUUGGUUGAAAUUUGAACGACAAAAUGUCUGAAACGGUGCAAAUGAUGCCUUGUGCAGGCGUGGAGGAGAUCUGUCGCAUCCCUCGCCGCAAGUCUCUGGUUCGAUUCUCCGGCACUGAAGACAUCGAGCGGCCUCGCCCCAUCACCAGGAUACCCACGAGGGUCGAACUCACCACCCUCACCAGGAUGGCAAAAAGACCCGCCGUAGACAUCGAGUUCCAGGACCUCACCUUCACUGCAGGACAAAAGAGGAUCCUGAAGAACAUCAAUGGUAUCUUCAAGUCGGGGGAACUCACCGCUAUCAUGGGGCCAUCAGGCGCCGGGAAGAGCACUCUCAUGAACAUACUCGUAGGCUACGUAUCUUCUGGCAUGUCUGGCACCAUCAUGACGAAUGGACAUCCCAGGCAGAUGAAGCUGUUCAACAAGCUCAGUUCGUACAUCAUGCAAGAGGACAUGAUCCAACCAAACCUCACAGUCAGUGAGGCAAUGAUGGUAGCUGCUCACCUCAAAUUGGGAGACGAACUCUCUAGAGAAGACAAGGAAGCUGCUGUGGAGGAAAUCCUGGACACACUGGGGCUGUCUGCGUGUGGUAAUACGUUCACUGAGAGACUCUCUGGUGGCCAGAGGAAAAGGGUAUCAGUGGCUCUGGAACUGGUCAACAAUCCUCCAGUCAUCUUCCUGGAUGAACCAACCACGGGAUUGGAUAUUGUUUCUAUCAACAACUGUAUCCAGCUGCUGAAGGACCUGUCACGGCAAGGACGUACCAUCGUCUGCACUAUCCACCAACCCAGCGCCACCAUGUUUCACAUGUUUGACGUCGUCUACAUGCUGGCUCGCGGCCAGUGUAUCUACCAGGGAUCCAGUCACCAGCUGGUCCCCUUCCUGUCAAACUGUGGUCUCAACUGUCCCGCCACCUAUAACCCUGCUGACUAUGUUUUUGAAGUUCUACAAUUAGAUGUCAUAAAUACGAUGACAAAUGAAAUCCAGAAUGGACGAAUUAUUAAACUGGAUGCACCAACCAAAUCAGAACCUCCACGAUCUAAACUUUUAAACUCGCAGGACACCACUCUAGGCAGUGAUUAUCCGUCAGGUCGCAAGGAGACGAUGGCUGUCAUGCCAAAUGUUUAUGGUGCAGAAUCAAGGGCUCUAGACUUUCCUACAUCUUUCUUCCAACAGUUCUGCAUCAUCCUGGGCAGGCUGUUAUUGCAGAAGAUGAGAAACAAGACAGCACUGUGGCUCCAGAUCAUCCAUCACCUGUUCUCCGGAUUGAUAAUGGGUGCAAUCUUCUGGGACAUCGGUGACAACGCCAGCAGACCCUUCGAGAACUUCAAGUUCUGCCUGUGUGUUGCUGUCUUCAUGAUGUAUACUUACGUCAUGUCCCCUAUACUUAUAUUACCAAUGGAAAUGAAAGUACUGAGAAGAGAAUACUUCAACCGGUGGUAUGGUGUAAAAGCAUUUUACCUGGCACGAACAGUUUCUACGAUACCUUUAACACUGACGCUGUGUAUGCUGUUCAACACAAUUGUGUACACAAUGUCAAACCAACCAAUGGAGUUGUCACGAUUCGCUUGGUUCUCUACAGCAACAACAGUCCUGGCUAUUGUGUCUGAAGGAAUGGGAAUACUCAUCGGUGUUAUCUUCAAUUGCACAAAUGGAGCAGUAGUAGGGCCAUCGGUGAUGGCUCCUAUCCUGAUGCUGUCAUACAUCGGCAUGGGCUACGGUGUGAAAACACUGCCAUUCCAAGUGAUUCUGAUGAAGUUCAGCUUCCUACGGCUGGCACUGGUGUCAAUAGUGACAACGCUGUACUACCACGACCGCACUCCUCUCACCUGCCGCGACGUGGAUGAUACUCAUCCCUACUGCCACUAUAAGGAUCCCACUAUACUAGUGCGGGAUCUGGGCAUGUCGGGAGAGUCCACACUCUACAACCUCAUCGGUCUCUGCAGCUACUUGUUGCUGUUUAGGAUAGCUGCGUACUUUGCCAUGAAGUUCCGGCUCACAAACCAACUUCGUAGCCAUAUAAUCAGCUAUGUCCACAAGAUCAUCAAGCAGAGAUAGUCAAUCCUUCCUCUCGGUUCCUUACUGUUACUUAUUUAUUGUCAUCUUCACCCUUUUCCACUCAUUACUUGUGAUCGACGGAUGAAGGAAGUAAAAUAAUCAAACGAUAGUUUAUUGUUCCUACAAACACCUUGAACAUGACAACUUUUUAUUAAAUUUUGUUUGUAACAUUUGCUCAUACUAUUUUUUAAUUAUUGUUUCUUUUUACACCUUAUUUCAUUUCUGUGCGCAUUAUUUUUUUCAUUUGCACUGGUCUUAUUAUAUUAUAAACCUAUUAGAAAACACCAUUGUUUAAAGUCCGUUUUUAAAGAGACCAAAGACAAUUCAGUUUCUUCUUUGACAAAUCUUGCUUUAAACUUUCACUUGUAAUAAUCCAAAUCCAUACAACUAAGAUUUGUACUUUUAUGUUUUUGUUGUACUGUAACAUAAACUUGUAGUAAGUAAACUUAAACUGUUAAGUUUACUGUGACAAUGUGAUAAUAAUUAGACAAAACAUUAAACUUAAACAUGCUUUUAAGCAUGUAAAUCAAAUUUACGUUAGUUUUGAGCAGGAUUUAAUAUACUGUAUCUAGCUUUAAAUUAAAUUAUCGUUAAACAUUGAAACAUUAUUAUUAUUUUGAUUGUAAAUCACCUUAACUCAACUAUUCAUCAGUCAUAUUGCUCAUUGUACAAAGUCAAUUCUUUAGUAUUAAAUAGUGUGUAAGGCAAUUGACAAAUUGUUAGAUGUAAGUAUAUUUUAUAAAUGUUUUGUGAGGUAGAGAGAAACUUAGAAAAUAGAUUCUAUUUAAGUAUUUUUUUAUUGUUGUAAAUUAUUAUAAAUAAAUAAUUGACACUGUUA